AUGCCAGACCCCACCCCAACCCCGCACUCAACCGACCCCAACCAUAACCCCGAAACCGCGGGCGAGCACCAAAAAAAAGAAGCCCUCGCCGCCUUCACCGCAACCCUCCACUCAGUCGGGACAAACCUCGAAGCGCCCCUCCUAGACCGCGCAAGCACAAUCAGCAGCAAUGCGAUCGCGCUGCAGCGGCAAGAGACCGAGUUAGCGGCGAGCACGGCGCGGCUGGCGAGGCAGAAUGCGCAGUGGGCCGGGUUGGCGGAUGAGACGCGCGAUGGGCUGAAGGAGAUUGGUGAUGUGCAGAAUUGGGCGGAGAUGAUUGAGAGGGACUUGCUUGUUUUGGAGGAUAUGAUGGAUGAUGUUGAAGGGGUUGGGUAUGACUCUGACUCUGGGGGUGGGGGUGGGAGUCACCAUCGUAACGGUGGGGAGAUGGAGAUGGAUGAGGAGAGUGAUGGGGGUGGGCAUGGGAAUGGACGUGUUGCGGAGGUUGGAGGGGGGAAUGGGAUUUCGAAUGGGGAUACUAGUAAUGGGAAUGGAAAUGCUGACAACUUGAAGAAGUUGAAGAAGCCUGAGGAGGUGCGGAAGGGCUGGUUUAGUGGGUGGUGGUAA